AGGGAGGGAGGGAGGGAGCUGCGCGUGCGUAGUCGGGCCUGGCGCGCGGUGCACGCCGGUGGGACAAGAUGGCGGCCUCAAUGUCAACGGCCGUCAAACGGCUCAGCGUCCUGACACCUCUGAGCCGGGCCUGGACUGCCACCCGGACCCCGCCCGGGCCCACCAGGUCAUUGAGCACUUCCACAUGGCGGUUGGCAGAGUCCCCUGUUCACGACAGUCAGCUCAUCACAGUUGAUAAAAAAUUGGACAUCACUCCAUUGACAGGAGUUCCAGAAGACCAUAUAAAAACACGAAGGGUCCGCAUUUUUGUUCCAGCGCGAAAUGCAAUGCAGUCUGGUGUGAACAACACAAAAAAGUGGAGAAUCGAGUUCGACACGAGGGAGCGUUGGGAGAACCCACUUAUGGGUUGGGCAUCCUCGGCAGAUCCUUUGUCAAAUAUGGUUUUGACUUUUUCUACCAAGGAGGAUGCAGUUGCCUUUGUGGAGAAAAAUGAUUGGAGUUAUGAAAUAAUGGAAAAGAGGGUCCCAAAGCCGAAAGUAAAGUCCUAUGGUGCAAACUACUCUUGGAACAAAAGGACCAGGGUGUCAACAAAAUAAGCUGCACUAUCCCAGCUGUUGGUCUCGCUAAGAAUAAACUCAACCAUGUUGUAUUUAUAGUCAAGUGACUCUUAAUCUCAGAAUAAAUGUGACCUUUAACCAA